AUGCCACGAGAAUCAGAGGAGGAUUUGUAUCCUGAAGAAAUCGCCGCAGGUCACACAAUCGCCCUGUUGCCGCCUCGUCACACACUUUACCUCCAGACAGCCACAACGCUGCGAGCAAAGUAUGCAGAUAAAAUCCAUAUCCUUAUCGGCUUUGAGGGCGAGUGGAUUCGUUCGUCCUACGGACCAUUCAUCCAAGAAUACGCCUCUGACCCUCGGAUUGACUUCUUCAUCGGUAGCGUGCAUCACGUUCAUGGUAUCCCGAUUGAUUACGACGCCGCGACUUAUGCGCAGGCCGUAGAGAAAGCUGGGAGUGAGGAGAAGUUGUUUGAGGAUUAUUACGAUAGUCAGCACGAGAUGUUGAGAGCUCUAAAGCCGAGAGUUGUCGGGCAUUUUGAUUUGAUUCGGUUGCUUGCGAAGGAACCUGAUGCGGAUCUGAAGACGUAUGGUGGUGGCAGGGUUUGGGAGAAGGCGAUUCGAAAUUUGGAGAUUGUCAAGGAGCAGGGUGCUUUGUUGGAGGUUAAUAGCGCGGGAUUGAGGAAGGGAUUGAAGGAACCGUAUCCGGGAAAAAGCGUCUGUGAGGUUUGGAAGGAAAUGGGUGGGAAGUUUACUUUGAGUGAUGAUAGUCAUGGAAUUGCGCAAGUUGGGACAAAUUAUGUGAGGAUGCUGGAUUAUUUGGAUGGUCUCGGUGUUGAGGAGGUGUGGACGUUGGAGAAGCUGGAGGGUAAGGAGUUGGUUGAGAAGAAAGUCACUUUGAAGGAGGUGAGAGAAACUUUCAAGGCAUGA